GGAAAAGGAGGAGCCACCAGCGCACAGCUCGCUGUAACUGUAGCCCCGCCGCCCUUGGAGCAUCGCUCCUGCCCUCCGCAUCCCGCAGGACUUAUCAUUCCCUAACUUUGGCCAGAUGGAGGAGGAGACUGCGAGGAAGAGGAAGAUGCUCUGGGACACCCAGGCAGGGAAUGACCUGCACACAGAGGCCAGGGAAGACAAAUCCCCAUGUUGGAACCUCGUGGAAGAGGCUGUUUUAAGCAGCUCCACAGCACAGGAAGUCAGCAAGGAGGAAAAGCCCCGGAGAUCCCCCACGAGGUGCAGCUUCAAACCCAGCCCGGGGAGCUCUGAGGAGGAAAGACCCACCCUGAGCCGGGAAGGCAGCCAGAACUUCAGCCAGAGCUCAGAGCUGGUGAUCCAUGAGCAGCUUCCUGACAGGGAGAAGCCCUACAAGUGCUUGGAGUGUGGGAAGAGCUUCAGCUGGAGCUCCCACCUGAUCCGGCACCAGAGGAUCCACACUGGGGAACGGCCCUACACAUGUGGGGAGUGUGGGAAGAGCUUCAGCCAGAGCUCUGACCUGGUGGUCCACCAGCGCCUUCACACAGGGGAGCGCCCCUACAAGUGCUUGGAAUGUGGAAAGAACUUCAGCAAGAGGUCCAGCCUCACAUACCACCUGCGCUUCCACACUGGGGAGCGGCCACACAUUUGCUUGGAAUGUGGGAAGGGCUUUAUCCAGAGCUCCCACCUCAUCAGCCACCGCCGGCUGCACACCGGGGAACGGCCCUAUAACUGCUUGGAGUGUGGGAAGAGCUUCAACCGCAGCUUCAGCCUCGUCAUCCACCAGCGUGUCCACACUGGGGAGCGGCCCCACGAGUGCCACGAGUGUGGGAAGAGGUUUCAGAGCAGCUCCGAUCUCCUCCUGCACCAGCGGAUGCACGCGGGGGAGAGGCCCUUCCGCUGCUCUGACUGCAGGAAGGGCUUCAUCCGCAGCUCUGACCUGGUCAAGCACUGGCGCGUCCACACUGGGGAACGGCCCUACACGUGUGGGGAAUGUGGGAAGGGCUUCACCCAGAGCUCUGCUUUGGCCUCACACCAACGGACCCACACAGGGGAGCGCCCCUAUGAAUGCUUGGAAUGUGGGAAGACCUUUGGCCGGAGCUCCUGUCUGAUCCGCCAUCGGGUAAUUCACACAGGGGAACGGCCCUACACCUGCAAGGAAUGUGGGAAAAGCUUCAGUGACCGCUCCAACCUCCUCACCCACCAGCGCCUGCACUCCAGGGUACGGCCCUUUGAGUGUUGGGAGUGUGGGAAGAGCUUCAGCAUCAGGUCUGACCUGAUCCAGCAUCAGAAGAUCCACAGUGGACAACGGCUCUAUGAGUGUCCUGAGUGUGCAAAGAGGUUUCGGACCAGCUCCCAUCUCCUCCUGCAUCAGCGCACUCACACAGACGAGAGGCCCUUCCGCUGCCCCGACUGCGGGAAGGGCUUCAAGCGCAACUCCCACCUCACCCUGCACCGGCGCACCCACACCAGGGAGAAGCCCUACGAGUGUGGGGAGUGUGGGAAGAGCUUCUCCAGCAGCUCUGGCUUGACCCAACACCAACAGUCCCACUUGUAAGGGAAGCCCUGCUGUGGGGGCCCAGGGGCCCCCCAUUGCCCUGGAAGGGCAAAGGUGACGAGGGUCCAAGAGAGACUCCCUCGGAAUACAGUGGUCUCACCCAUAGGCAUUUCCAGGCUCAUGUUAAUGCAACAGGCUUUAUUGGUAUCACCCAGUUUCAACUGCCCUCUUUUCUUUGUAGGUACUGCCCCUAGAAUGUUCUCCCCUCUCUUGUCCCCUGUGGUCCCGGUUUACUGUGGUGCUCUGCCCCUGGUUACCUCAUUGGUUCCCAGUUUGCUGCCCCUCUUCUGUGCCACUUGUACUCAGUUCCCAUUGGCCCUUGACCCUCGGAUCUGCCUCUUUCUCACCCCCAUAUAAAACCCUCUCCUCAGCCGUCUGUCCUUGGACCCUCUUCAUGGCAAUAAACCAGAUUUGGACCUCCACACAAAGACUGUUCGUUAGCAGUUUAAGCAAGCUCUGGGCUCUGGGAGUGCCAGUCGUUCACAGAGGCUCAUUGUGGACGCCCCACAACACCCUGAGAAUGCCCUGACUGUGAGAAGGUCUUCAUCUGCUGCUCCAACUUCAUCACCCAUCAGAGGACCCACACUGGAUGAUUCACAGUGACCCUCGCUGGGCCGAGACGUGCUGAUCCAUGUUCCAGGUGUACUGGGCUCGUGUGGCCAGGUUUUGGAAGGAGGGGGCUACAGGGGUAGCUUUUAUGAGAAGCUGUCAGGAAUUUCCCCAUGUCCAGCAAAGCCAGCACCAGCUUCUGUACAGAUCCACAACUCACCAACGCUAAGCCCAUAGGAGAUGGCAGCGACACCCCAGGGAUAAUGGAUUCAGGAAGGAAAAAGUUCUUGUGCAGGUGGAAUCAGGUGCAGAGCAGAGUGGGAGCAUGUGAAAGGAACAGCUCUGCAGACUCCCAGGGCAGGGCAGAAGGAGGGGCAGGAGCUGCUCCAGGUGCCGGAGCUUCCUGCAGCCCCUGGAGGAGCCUGUGCUGGAAUGGGGGAUGCCUGGAAAGAAGGAUGUGAGCCCGUGGGAAGCCCGUGCUGGAGCAGCCUCCGUGCGGGGCCCUGUGGAUCCCUGGGCACAGGAGCCCACGCUGGAACAGCUUGGCUGGAAGGACCUGUGGGGACCCACGCUGGGACAGGGGAAGGACUCCCAGCCUCUGUCCCAGAGCAGCAGGAGGAGGAACAAGGUGCAUUAUCCUGCUCUGAUUUGGUUGGUAAUAAAUUGAGGUCCU